AAAAUCGCCGGUCGCGAGGGAGGUACACUAGUAUAUUAUUAUUCGCUCGAUUGGAUUACACACCCUUAUUUCCCAGAAUCCCAGUGUACUUCCAAAUCAGAGAACCCUUCUCAUCCGAUGUUCCGCCUUCCUCCCUGCGCCACCGCCGCCGCCUCCACUACUUUUCCUGACUCCUCCGCCGUCCUACUCCGCAAAGAUCGGAAACCCUCAUACUCUAUCUGAAAACCGCCGCCCCACCCGCAGAAGCCCCCUCCCUCCAGUCUCCCCAGCGCCGCCGCCACAGCGGCUCCCCCCUUCUCCAAGAAAUAUCAACGCCCCCCUGCCCCCAAAUUUCCCCAGCGCCGCUCUCCUCCCCGAAUUAGUGUUAAACAAAAUCCAGAAUUUCAUUCACCCUUUUUAGUUUUAGAUAUAAAAAAAACAGAAGCAGAAUUCGAAAAUUUUCGGCGGAAAUAGUAGGAGCCCGAGAGAAUGUGGCGUCUAGGGCGGAAUCUACUACGGCACCAGCUGCAUGUAAGGUACGCAGCGAGCGGGGCGGCAUCCAGCCCGAGCCUGUCGAUAUGGCGGCGGAGGAAGGAGAUGGGGAAGGAGGGAUUGAUGGUGGCGAAGGAGCUCAAGCGCCUCCAGUGCCACCCGGGGCGGUUCGACCGCUUCAUGAAGGCUCAUGUUUCCCGCCUCCUCAAGUCCGACCUCGUUGCGGUGCUUGCCGAGUUUCAGCGCCAAAACCUCGUUUCCCUCUCGAUGAAGCUGUAUGAUGUGGUGCGGAAGGAAAUAUGGUAUCGGCCUGAUAUGUUUUUCUAUCGCGAUAUGCUAAUGAUGCUUGCCAGAAACAAAAAGGUUGAUGAAGCUAGGAUGGUUUGGAAUGAUUUGAAGGGGGAGGAAGUUCAUUUUGAUCAGCAUACCUUUGGAGAUCUUGUCAGAGCCUUUUUGGACAAUGGAUUGCCAGAUGAAGCAAUGUGGAUAUACAAUGAAAUGAGAAGUUCACCUGACCGCCCACUGUCGUUGCCUUAUCGAGUCAUAUUAAAAGGGCUAAUCUCGUACCCUGAAUUGAGGGAGAAGGUGAAGGAUGACUUUGCGGACCUCUUCCCUGACAUGAUUGUUUAUGAUCCUCCAGAGGACCUUUUCAGUGAUGAUGGCCAUUCAGUAACGGAGUGCGAAGAGGAUUAGAAUGUAUCGCUGGCAUACUGUCGUGCACAUGAACAUGCAAUGGUGAUUAGCUGACUGAGUUAGUUACAGAAUCAAGGUGAAGCUUCAAUGGUUCUGCAGAGUUGCUGAGGGUACUGUCACGUUGGAGUUUGGUGAUCCAUUGAAUUCUUAGGGGAAACUUGUAUUAUAAUUGGCACACAUGAAGCUAUUCAUCAUAAAAGGAAUCACGAAGAUUAUUGGAAUUUCAAGUAUGUUCCAUGCCUUUGUAGCUUUAUAUUUAACUCCUCCUCGCGUUACUUCUUUUUUUGUAUUUGACCUUUCCAGUUAAGAGGAUAUGAUAGAAUGAAGGGAUUGAGAAAACAAGAAAUCAAUUGCGAUAAAUAAUGAACUAUGAAAACAGAAAGAAACCAUCCUCAAACGAGACCAAUCCUCAAAUGACUCCUACAGUAGAAGCUGUCCCAAAACUAACGUAAUAUUUGAAUGAAUAAAUCCUAGCUGACAAAUAACUAUUUAAAGACCUAAAGAAAUAAAAGAUGCUACAUCUAAUAAUAAACUGUAUCAGGAUACUAGUGAACUAACCCCUUAGGGCCUGUUUGGUAUGGCUUAUAAGGCCCAGAUAGACCUUAUUGCACUGUUUGGUAGCCUAGAUUAUAAAAUUGGAAGGCCCGUGUGUUGAGCUCGGCCCGGCAGAAAAAUACUGUUCACCUUCAGGAAACGUAUCCUCCGUCCACCCUCAGAUACGUUUUCUUUGUUGAACAGUAAUCCCUAUUAUUUUGAUGGAUACCAAAUUUACCCUAAAAAAGAAGCAAUAUCUAGCGACAACGCCAAGAACACCUCUGUGUUGAUUGAUUGUUCUGUAGGCAUCGCAAUCUCAACGCAGCGAUUCAUGCUUCCAUAUUGCACCAAGUUUUCAGAAGUCCAUAAAAUUGGACCGGGAGAAAAGGUCUGCCAUUUGCAUGCGGACUGCAAGAGGGCUUGCAUAUCUUCAUGAAGAACUUGUGCCUCACAUUGUGCAUAACAUCAAAGCUAGUAACAUUUUUCUGGACGAGAACUUCCAACAAAAGAUUGAAGACUUUGGAUUAGCUAAGCUUUUUCCUCAUAAUAUUACUCAUAUCAGCACAAGAAUUGCAGGAACAGCACAUCGGUUACCUGGCGCCAAAGUAUGUCUUAGGUGGACUGGUGCUUGAAGUUGUAAGCAGAAGAAGCAGUGGAAAUACUAAUUAUGGAGGUGGCUAGAAAUUGCUAAUGGAAUGGGCCCGAAAGCUCUAUGAAGGCGGGAAAUUGUUGGCUGAAGCACCAUCUGAUGCACCUUAUCUUCCCUCGUUUGCGGAGCACCAUCUGUUACAUCAGAAGCCUUCGGCAGGGGUGAUUGUCGACUCUUUGGCAGGAUUAGGAGCAGCAGCAUUUUUGGCAUUUUGUCUAACGUGUUUUUCUGAAUUGUGAACGUUGUUUUACUUGAGGGAUAUAUUUGUCCUUUUAAUUUUGUAGGAAGGCUAUUUAUGUAAAUGAUAUUUUAAUCUUGGUUUAAAACUUGUGUACCAAACAAGUAAUUUAUUUAACCUACAUUAUGCACCUUAUCUACCAAA